CGAUUCAUUAAAAAAAAACUUAAAAUACAAAUACGUCAGCUAACAGCAGGACUCCUGAAUAUUGAUGUUUUCUCUAGCUUUGCUCCGGAUAUUAUUAUUGUUGAGAUGAUCUAACGGACCGAAGGCAACACAAACCAGCAGAGAGAAACCUUGCCAGUCCACAACCAUUCCUCAUUCGAAAACCCACCCAUAUCGCUCGAGUAAGCUUUGCUGAACUAUGUCCACCAGGCUGACAUCUUAGCUGCAAUGAGAGACUAUGCAACGGGUGGAAUGUGUCCAAGUAAAGCAACAGUAUCGGGAAAAACUAUAAUCGUAACUGGAGCAAACACUGGUAUUGGAAAACAAACUGCCCGAGAACUGGCCAGCAGAGGUGGCAGAAUUAUAAUGGCAUGUCGCGAUAUGGAGAAAUGUGAAACAGCUGCUCGAGAAAUUAGAGGUGAAACCCUGAAUCAUCAUGUAUAUGCAAAGCCUCUUAACCUUGCAUCGCUGAAAUCAAUUCGAGAGUUUGCCAAACAAGUCAAUGAAGAGGAAGAGAAUAUAAAUGUGUUAAUUAACAAUGCUGGUAUUAUGAGAUGUCCUCACUGGAAAACAGAAGAUGGAUUUGAAAUGCAGUUCGGCGUAAAUCACCUUGGUCAUUUUUUGUUGACAAACCUGCUACUUGAAAAAUUAAAGAAUUCUGGAAAUGGUCGCAUCAUAAAUGUAUCGUCACUUGCUCACAAAGUGGGACAAAUUGAUUUCAAUGAUCUCAACUGGGAAAAUAAAAAAUAUGACACCAAGGCAGCAUACUGUCAGAGCAAACUUGCAAACAUAUUGUUUACAAGGGAACUGGCUAAAAGACUUCAUGGAAGUAAAGUUACAGUCAAUGCUGUGCACCCAGGAGUGGUGAACACUGAACUAGGCAGACACACAGGGAUGCAUAAAUCAAAAUUUUCCAGGACAACAUUGGGACCAUUUUUCUCACUUCUAGUAAAAUCCCCACUUUUAGGAGCACAACCCUCCAUAUAUCUGGCUGUAGCAGAGGAGCUGGAAGGGGUAUCUGGAAAAUACUUUGAUGUUAAUGAAGAAAAAGACCCUGCUCCGCAGGCUCUGGAUGAUGAGACAGCCAAGCAUUUGUGGGAAAUCAGAGGGCAUUUUCCACUAUGUUGGCAACAGCGCAUAAAGGACACAUCCUAUGUUAUGGAGUUGCUUGGGAUCAACUGCAACAAAAGCCACUGCAUCUCCUUUUGGGCAUGUUUUGCAAAGGGCCAUUUCAGAUGUCUUGAGUUGCGGAAGGAGGCCAUUUGGUUCUUUAUGUUUGCAGCAGCUGUUUAAAUGAGCGUCAUUACCUAGUGCCAAUCUAAUGAUUUUUCUAUGCACAUGAUGUGUUAUUCAAAUAAUCAUCCAAUGCCCUCUUGACUGCCUCAACUGAACCUGUCUUUACCAAACUUCCAGGCAUUUUAUUUUCCAUGCCGUAACUACUCGCUGCAUGAAAAAUCUUUUUGUGACAUCACCCUUGCUGCUUUUGCAAAUUACUUGACUUUAAAUCUGUGUCCUCACAUUCUUCUUCACCCAGGGAGGUGGGUGAUGGUCUCCCCACUACAGUUGCUUCAAAGGCAGCAUGCUGAGGCAGCCAUUCAAUAUGUCCGUCCAUAUUCCUUUUCCCGUAGGGUCUCGAGGACACUGCACAAAAACAUUUAUUUGUGAUCAAAUAUGUACUUCUGCACACGUUUUCAAAAGAGGCCCAUGCUGUACUGCAGCCCAACUGAACAGAUCAUUUCAUGCAACCAGGUCCUUCCUUGACAUUAGGGCAGACAGAACCUCAUUAUGUUAUGAAACAGUGUUUGCAUAUCAAGGGUCUCCACACAACUUGAUACUCACAUAGGUAAUCUUCAGGAUGCGAGCAGUAACAAGUAUGUUUACCCAUUGAUCCAUAGGUGUAUGCAUUUAGAAGUUUGUCCCUGCAGACACACUCCAUUUUCAAUUACAAGAUAGUGUAGAAAUGGCCCAAAUUAGUCAUUUAAACAGUCCUACAGCAGAGAAAAAAACCAUUUAGCUCAUCAUGUCUAUGGCAAUAAAUGUUCCGAUUCCGGAGAAAAUAAUACUGCAGAUGCUGGAGAUCAGAGAUGAAAAGUGUGGCACUGGAAAAGCACAGCAAGUCAGGCAGCAUCCAAGGAGCAAGAGAAUCAACAUUUU